ACUCGCUUUUAAUUUCCUCCCCUCUUAACCAGGAACAGGCAGUUUCCUCCUCUUCUCUAAAUUCCAUGCACUCUCUCCCUCCUUCUCAUCAAUCUUCAGCUUCUCACUGAUCUGACUGACAGAUCUAUCUAGCUUAGAGAAAGAAAGAAAAAAAAAAUGCUUGAAACUCACAAGCCGAGCCCUCUCCUCAUCAACACGACGGAGGAUAAUUACCACGGCGGCUCCCCGGCCGCCGUCCCCUUCACGUGGGAAUCCCAGCCGGGGACUCCCAAGGUCAGUUUCCGCCGCCGCGACGCCACCCUCCCUCCGCCUCCGCCUCUCACUCCGCCGCCUUCCUACUUCUGCUCCGCUUCUCCCAAUCAUCACCACAGCGCCGCCACCCCGAAAAGAUUCCCAUCUCCAUCCCAUCCCGCCACGUGGAACAACAACAGCAAGAAGAAGAAGAAUCUCCUCGACACUCUCUUCUUCACCAGACGAAGCAGCAACAAGUACAGCAAGGCAACUUCAAAUACGGCGCCGUUUUCAUCUCCCGUGUAUUCUUCCUCCUCCUCGUAUUCUUCCUCGUCGUCAACGACGACGUCACGCUCCGUUCCUUCUUCCCCAGUCACUGCCCGGCCGUCUUCACAGCAGAGGAACGGCCACGUGGCAGCAGUAGCUUCCGGCCCGAAGAAGUCGUUCGGCGAUAUGCUACUAACGGGGAACCAACGUCAUCGCGAGGAUGAAGAGGAGGAUGAGUGCGAUUCGCCGGUUUCCACGCUCUGCUUCGGAGCGGGCCGUGGGCCCAGUAAUUCCAGGGCCCGGCCCGGAUGCUACGGAUCCUUCAUGAAAGUAUUGAUCAGCGCUUAAUUGGGCUUGGACAUGUGAGGACUCAAUUGUAAUAUUCUCUCGUUCAAUGAUGAUGUUUUAGGGUUUCAUAAAAUCAAGCUAAUUAUAUAUUAUGUACGUAAUUAGCUAGGAUCUGAAUUGAACGUUUUUUUUUUUGGGAGCAAUGUUGGGAGCACUUCGGCAGCUUGGUAGCUAGUUGCAUAUGCUAUGUAAUGCCAUUUGCCUGGUAUAAGAAAUCGAAAGCAAAGCU